AUGUCUGACAAGGCUCAGAGUCGUAUCAAUGCCAUUGGCAAACAGCUUCUUCCACCGAUCAACAAGGUAGCUCCGGGAUCAAGUAAGCUUCGCGCCGAAGGCAAAGUCGUCAUCAUAACAGGUACAAACUCACCGCUGGGAAUUGGUCGUGCUACAGCGCAUCAAUACGCUGAAAGCGGUGCACGAGCAUUGUAUCUCUGCGACUUUGACGAUACGCACCUUGAGUCUCAUAAGAAGGAGAUCAACGCUGCGUAUCCCAAGGUGGAAAUUCACACGAGGCGUUUCGAUGCAGCGGAUGAGGACAAGGUCAAGGAGGUAGUCGAUGACGCUAUCCAACGCUACGGUCGCUUGGAUGUCUUCUUUGCUAAUGCUGGAGUCGUCGGCCGAACCACGUUGUUCUCUGACUUUAGCAAAGAUGAGUUUAUGUCGAUACUCAACACCAACACGUCAAGUGUCUUUCUAGCUGCCAAAUACGCGGCACCAGCAAUGAUGCAAACUUCUGCCGAUAAGCCUCAAGCCAGCGGCAGUAUCAUCGGUACAGCGUCUGUCGCAGGAAUUCGCUCCAACGCAGGUUCCACACCGUACUCAGCCUCCAAAGCAGCCGUGGUAUCUCUCGCCCAGACGAUAUCAUAUCAGCUCGCAGGAACAGGUGUACGAAUGAACGCCAUCUGCCCAGGUCUCAUUGAGACUGGCAUGACAGCGCCUGUGUAUGAAGCUGCGAGGGCUCGUGGAAGUGAGAAGAAGAUUGGACAGUUGAAUCCUAUGAAGAGAGGCGGUCAUGCUGAUGAAAUCGCUCGUGUUGCGCUCUUCUUGGGAAGUGAUGAGAGCAGUUAUGUUAACGGACAGGCAUGGGCCGUUGAUGGAGGGCUGAGUGCUGGCCACCCCUUUGUUCCUGGAAAACUGGGCUGA